AUGGCCGACCCUUCGGCGGGCCACAACCCCUUGUGUCUGAACAGUGAUGAAGGAGAGGAGGAGAAACAGCACGUACCGUACUCGAGAACCCUAACCCUAACACUGCAGGAUGGGCCCCACAAACAGCCUGAUGUGUUAGAUCCCACAGGAACACUGCAGGAUGGGCCCCACAAACAGCCUGAUGUGUUAGAUCCCACAGGAACACUGCAGGAUGGGCCCCACAAACAGCCUGAUGUGUUAGAUCCCACAGGAACACUGCAGGAUGGGCCUCACAAACAGCCUGAUGUGUUAGAUCCCACAGGAACACUGCAGGAUGGGCCCCACAAACAGCCUGAUGUGUUAGAUCCCACAGGAACACUGCAGGAUGGGCCUCACAAACAGCCUGAUGUGUUAGAUCCCACAGGAACACUGCAGGAUGGGCCUCACAAACAGCCUGAUGUGUUAGAUCCCACAGGAACACUGCAGGAUGGGCCCCACAAACAGCCUGAUGUGUUAUAUCCCACAGGAACACUGCAGGAUGGGCCCCACAAACAGCCUGAUGUGUUAGAUCCCACAGGAACACUGCAGGAUGGGCCCCACAAACAGCCUGAUGUGUUAGAUCCCACAGGAACACUGCAGGAUGGGCCCCACAAACAGCCUGAUGUGUUAGAUCCCACAGGAACACUGCAGGAUGGGCCCCACAAACAGCCUGAUGUGUUAGAUCCCACAGGAACACUGCAGGAUGUGCCCCACAAACAGCCUGAUGUGUUAUAUCCCUCAGGAACACUGCAGGAUGGGCCCCACAAACAGCCUGAUGUGUUAGAUCCCACAGGAACACUGCAGGAUGGGCCCCACAAACAGCCUGAUGUGUUAUAUCCCACAGGAACACUGCAGGAUGGGCCCCACAAACAGCCUGAUGUGUUAGAUCCCACAGGAACACUGCAGGAUGGGCCUCACAAACAGCCUGAUGUGUUAGAUCCCACAGGAACACUGCAGGAUGGGCCCCACAAACAGCCUGAUGUGUGUGCGUGUGAACGCAUGUUAGGAGGAUGGCGGGCCACUGAUUGA